ACACAGGAUGGUGUAGGAGCCAUUCAGUUUGAGCACGUCAUGAAGAGCCUGGGACAAGACGACCCUGAAAUAGCGAGACUCCAUACUCAAGUCAGGUCGUAUUUCCUUCCAGCUGUUGUCAUUCCCCCUUCAGGUCACCCUUGAGUGGGUGUCAAUACAACAGGAUUAAUCAAAAUGCAUUUGACGAUUUGCAGUUUUGUGACCGUGUCAAAGCAGGUUGAUGAAAGACCCCAAAGUGUACUUCCUUGUUCUCUCUUGCCGUUCUUUAGGGAAUGUGAUUAUCAGUUCCGCUCAAAGAUUGGAUGCGUGUGAAUGUGUAGGUGGUCAUGCAAAUCAUGU